AUGAAGCUCGCCUUUCCAGUCGCGCAUGGGAGUGCUCGGAUAGGACUCGGAGAACUAUUAUGCAUUAAUAACUAUACACCUCGGUUCCUGGGAACAUCUCUUUCCGUCGGCACUUCUCCGCCUGUACCAUACACCCAAUACCGAUCACGAUGCGGUCAACGACGAUACACCAGCAAUGUUACAGCCCCUUUUAAAGAAAAUGAAUGCAUAGGGAAGGUCAACCCAUCCCAUGCAGGCAACGCACCACAACCAUCAACACCCUUAAUAUCUAUAUCCGACCAAGUCCGGCUCCUCAUGCGUCGAGCUCCGUACCCUGUCGCAAUCAUAACAGCAACCGAUCCCUCCGGCCCAGAAAACACAACCUCUUUCCGUGGCAUGACCGUCUCCUCCUUUAAUACCGUAACUCUCACACCGCACCCUGUGAUAUCUUUCAACGUGCGCCGCCCAUCGGAAACAUUGAAUGCGUUGCUUGCUUCGCGCCGCUUCUUGGUUCAUUUACUUGCACCGAGCCCGUCGACUGCUACUCUGGCUAGGGAUUUCUCUAAGGGGAAUAUCACUCUCGCUGCCAUGUUGAGCGGACAUGGAGAGUUUGAGUUCGCGGCUUUGCCUACUGAGAAUGAGGAUGGACAUCCUCAAAGACCGCUUCCUAUUCUUAAGCGGAGGGCGGAAGCAGUAGCUGCGAAUGAUGGUGUCGACUUUCCUUUUGUUUUUGAAUGUACCCUACAUCCGCAGAAGAUUGAUGUGCAUGAUCACUCAAUUGUGCUGGGUACUGUUGUUCGGACGAUCGAGGGUCCUGGGUCUGUUUCGGCACAGGGAGAGGAUGGCAAGAUCUUGGAUGAACAUUCGCCUGAGCGGCUUUGCUUAGCGUAUGCAAAUACCAAGUUUUGGAAGAUGGGGGGUGAAAUUUGA